AUGGUCAGCGACACCAUGUCGGCAACCAUCAUUGCACCGGGCGAGAUCCCGAAUGCAACGCCCGAACAGCUCUCGCCCAUUCUUCUGCGCCUAUUGGAAUGUCCCAAGGAGCUACUCUCAGAUCUGUCGUCGCAAUCCGCGGCUGCCAUCGCUGAUCUGCCGCAAGACUCGCGACCAGAAUCGUACGAAGGUCUGCUCGAUGUCGCUCGCUUUUGCGUGGAAGACGAACCGGGAUGGGAGGCGGAACGUCGCGCCAAGUUCAUCGGCGGGCACCCGCGCAUCGGCGCACCGCUCAAUGCACCCACGUCUGAGCUCAGCGAAGAGAGUCGGAAGGAACAGAUGAAAGGAGGUCAGGUGGAUCCUGCCACGCUCGAGAGUAAGUACGCCUGUGAGCUCCCAUUAAAGCUUCUGAAAGAUAUCCAGAUUUCGAUUGCUGACUCCCUCCUUGUGCCAAUGCAUCCAGGACUAGCAAGGCUGAAUGCUAUCUAUGAGGCCAAAUACCCAGGCCUGCGCUUCGUUACGUACGUCGCUGGUCGAUCUAGAGCUGCCGUCGCCGACGAGAUUGCGUCGUUGCUCGGCGAAAAGGUGGCUGCACUCAAGGAUGCCAAGGACCUUGCCAAAGACGAGGUGCGAGCACAAGGUACCGACGAGUGGCAAUCGGAGCUCGACCGAGCCUCAGACGCACUGUGGGAGAUCGCAGUAGAUCGCGCCGGAAAGUUGACGGCCGAAGCGGAAAGCAAGAGCGACAGCAAGACGGUAUCAUCAACCAAAGAAGACGGUGAGGAUCCCACAAAAGACGCUGCCGCAGUGGCCAGCCAACAAGACAAAACAAUCGGACAGGAUGUACCGUUCUUAUCAUUAGCCUCGUUCCGCAUGCUUGUUCUCUCUUCUCCCGUCCUCGAAUCCUUUUUCAAAUCCGACCUCACCGAAUCCUUCUACCUCGAACCCGUCGAACGAUCGCAGAGCGGAGGCGCCUACGCCUGGCACACCGCGCCAAGUCUUCCAGGAGCUCCCAGGGCGGUGCCCGGAGCAAGCAAGGAGAGCAGCUGGGCGACAAGCGAAGCCACCUAUAGUCGCGAUGUGACGACGGGCGCAAGGGGAAAGGUGGUCGGCUUCUUGGGAAACUUGCUGGGCGAGGAAGGAAAAGCGAAGAUGAAUCAGUUGGCAGAUCAGGUGGGGCAGCGGUUGCAGACGCAUACCGUGACAGGGCCGAGACCGUCGUUUGGUCGGAACUCGACCCUGGAUGGCGGCAAGAUGGACACGCAGGAGCUGAGAGAGAAGGAGGCGGAGGAGAGACGCAAAGCGGCAGAGGAUAGGAAAUCAACGCUUGGCAAUCGGCUGUUCAACGCGUUGAGAGCGCCGGCCCGCACGCCGUCAACCCAGGAUCUGAAGGCUGCCGCGUCGGCGGAUAGCUCGUCGAUAUCAGGAUCGGCAGAGGAACGAGGCCGAACGCAGGAGAAGCAAUCAUCGUCAGGUACGACGACGGCAAAAGCUGACAAGCGGAUCAGUCUCAGAGGAAGCGAUCUGUCGACAGCAGGACCCAAGGCUGCGGCUGAGGCCCUGCGUGCGGCACAGGAGGCUCUGCUGCAAGAACGUCCUGCCUUUGUGAUCGACGAGGUGGGCGAGGACGAGGGUGAAGGCGACGAGGGGGCAGAGAACGCUGCUGACGUGGAAGAGUUGGGCGAUGUGGUGGAUGGGAAUGGGGAGGAGGGCCAGGGCGGACAAGAGGCGCAAGGAUUGUUGAGCGGAGACGCUGCGAGGAGGGCUCAAGAGUUGCGCUCGGCGCCCGUUCAAUGA